CUAUAUAUAUAAAAUAUUAAACGAUGACAUAGUCCGUGCGCGCGCAUAUAUAUCUAAAUAAACCCGGAGACCAACCUCAAACCGUGUAUUAAAUUCACCCUAGAACCAAAUUUCCAAAACAAAAUUCACGUCUUUUUCCUCUUUGUCACUCUCUCUAUUCCCCCCAUAUCAUUCGCAUACUUAGGGUUAGGGUUUUUAUUGCGAUUUUAGAUAUUUCCUUAUUUACUUCUCUUCAAGUUAGAUAUUUAAUUUGGAUUCCAUUUCGACUUAUCUAGGAGUUCUCAUCAAUCCGUGGGUUUUAAUUUUUUUUCUUUGUUCUAUCGGAAGUUUCAAUUAUCCCUUUUCCCUUUAUCGAAUUCUGAUAUUUCAGUCGUUAGGUUUCUAAACAAUGCCUCCUAGAACCGUGAAGAGAGGAGCCGCGGCCGGUGGUCCAAAGAGAACGCCGAGGUCCACUAGAGGGGCAUCCAAAUCCGAGAAUCCACCAGCGGAGCCUGUACAAGAGGCCGUGAAUACAAAGGAGGCUUCAGUUCCAGUUGAGGAGCUCGUGGAGGCCGUUAAGGCCGUUGAGAAACCAACUCCGGAGCAAAAAGUGGUGAUCGUGGAGAAAGGGGCUGUUGAGGAGGAAAACACCGGUUUAAAUUUGAAUUCCAAUGGGUCGGUUGCGAUGAAGAAAGAGAAUGACUCUAAGGAGCCUAUUGAGGAGUAUGGAAAAGAUGAGAGGUUAGAAUUGGAUGAUAAUGAACCUGAAUAUGAAGCUGAAGAAUAUGGUGGGGUGGAUUAUGACGAGAAGGAGAUGGAUCCUGAUGAAGUGGAAGAUGAAGUAGAGGAAGUGAUUGAGGAGGAGCAGGAUGGUGAGGAGAAAGCGGGUGAUCUGUCAGAUUACGAAGAUAUUCAUGAAGUUGAAGUAGAAGGUGAUGCCGAUGAUGAUGAGGAUCCUGGGCAGGAAGUGGAGCAUGCAGAUUUGGAUGAUGCAACCGAGCAUGAAGAGCGACAUGAAGUUGUCCAAGAGAGACGUAAGCGUAAAGAGUUUGAAGUGUUUGUUGGGGGCUUAGACAAGGAUGCUACCGAAGAUGAUAUCAGGAAAGUCUUCAACCAAGUGGGUGAAAUUGUUGAAGUUAGGUUGAUGAUGAACCCUCAAACAAAGAAGAACAAGGGCUUUGCUUUCUUGCGAUUUGCAACUAUAGAACAAGCAAAACGUGCAUAUACUGAACUUAGGAAUCCCGUGAUUAAUGGAAAACAGUGUGGUGUUACCCCAAGUCAAGACAGUGACACCCUUUUUCUGGGUAAUAUAUGCAAGACAUGGACAAAGGAAGCAUUGAAAGAGAAGUUGAAACAUUACGGAGUUGACAAUGUUGAGGACUUAACAUUGGUCGAAGACAGCAACAAUGAGGGAAUGAAUCGAGGCUUUGCAUUUCUGGAAUUUGCAUCCCGUUCAGAUGCGAUGGAUGCUUUUAAGCGUCUUCAACGGAGAGAUGUUUUAUUUGGGGUUGAUAGGCCUGCAAAGGUUUCUUUUGCAGAUUCCUUCAUCGAUCCAGGUGAUGAAAUCAUGGCACAGGUUAGGACCAUAUUUAUUGAUUGCCUGCCUCCUUCUUGGGAUGAGGAUCGCGUUAGAGAGCUACUGAAGAAGUAUGGGGAGAUUGAAAAGAUUGAACUUGCCCGGAACAUGCCAUCUGCUGACAGGAAGGAUUAUGGUUUUGUCACGUUUGAUACUCAUGAUGCUGCUGUCACAUGUGCUAAGAGCAUUAAUAAUACCGAGUUGGGCGAAGGUGACAUCAAGGCCAAAGUUAGAGCCAGGUUAUCGAGACCACAUCAAAGAGGCAGAGGUAAGAACGUCGGCCGUGAUAGUUUCAGGUCUGGGCGCGGAUCUGGACGAGUAGUUAGGGGUUCAUGGGGUCGUCCUGAUUCACGUGGUUUUGCUCCUCGUGGGAUGAGAGGAAUCAGUAGCCGUGCCCCUCCACCUAGUCUAAAGAGGCCUGUUGGACUAAGAGAUAGACGUCCUCUCAUGUCUGCACCAGCUAGAGGCAGGCCUUUAUCACCUCCCCCUUCUAGAUCCUAUGACAGAAGAGCCCCUGUUAUGCCAUAUCCAAAGGGUAGUUUAAAGAGGGAAUAUAGUCAACGCGAUGAGCUUCCUCCUCCAAGGAGCAGAGAAGUUAUGGAUUAUGGAUCUAGGGUUUUCCCUGAUAGACGAUCCACAUAUAGAGAAGAAUAUUCUUCUUGCAACUCUGGUUACUUUGAUUUGCCUAGAACCACUUCUCGUACUGCAGCGAGAAGACCCUAUGGAGAUGAUGCAUAUGCCCAAAGAUUUGAAAGACCUCCUCCUAGUUACCGUGAGGGGCGUGGCCGUGAUUAUGACACUAUUUCUGGCUCAAAAAGACCAUAUCCUGUUAUGGAUGAUGUCCCUCCACGAUAUGCUGAUGAUGGUCCGAGGCAUUCAAGGGCUCGUCUAGACUAUGAACUUGCUGGUGGUGCUCCUCCAUAUGUGGAUGCAUAUGGUGAUAGGCUUGGGAGAUCCAAUCUAGGAUACGGUGGCAGCAGGAGUUCUAUAUCUAGUCAGGACUCACAUGGGCUCUAUGCCAGUCGUCAGGGCAUGGGCUACGGUGGAGGUUCUUUUAGCAGCAGUGAUAUUGGUGGAAUGUACUCAUCCUCUGGUUAUGGUGGUGAUUACAUGCCUAGGGGAUCUGAUGUUGGUGGUAGCUCCUACGCAUCCAUGUACUCUAGCCGCGGUAUGGGUGGUAGCAGUUACAUGGGUGGUGGGGGUGGUUCUGGGUCAUACUACUGAUCAGGACAGGUACCUUGUUCAGCAGCCCAGCGCUUUGGCGUGAUGUUGGUGCUAGUUUUUUGUAGUUUAUUUAUUCAUGUAGUUUGGUCUCAAAUCAGAUUGCGGGAUACUGCACCUAUGAGGCUGUAUAUAUAUUGUAUUGCCUGAGUUUGUUUUUGGCAAGCUCUUUCCUCCCCCUUGGAAAAUUAGUUACUUUGGAAAUACAUCGAUUUAUUGGUUGUAUCUGUGCUUGUUUCUGAGUUUGAGGGUCGAAGCCUUAUGUGCUCGGGGAGUGGCCUGCGAAAAGGAGAGGAUUACAAGUUACUAAUUCAGUAAUAAAAUGAGGGAGAGAGCAUGACAGCAUGCGUUCACGAACAGUCUUAGGCAUAAGAAAGAGAAGCUAAUGGCACAACUUCCCUGCUUGACAUUUGUUCGUGGGUCCUUGCUGAUAACGCAAAUGCACAAUCUCUGUUCCCCAGGACUUUCUUCCUUAUUGGUUAUAAUUACCUUUUUGUCCUUUGUCUCAUUAUUUCCCGUACGCUUAAUUUUGAUGUUGAUGCAGCAUGCCAGUAACUUUUGGUUUAGAAAUAUAGUAUAUUAUUAUUAAUACAUUGUUAUGAUUGCUGACUAAA